AGAGUUCACCGAGAUCAUCUGAGCUCACCCAUUGUUUAUUCAAUAUUGAAUCUGUGUGCAUUUACACGUCACAACGGUUAGUUAAUACAGAGUGCAGUGGUAUAAAUGUCCCGAGGCGGCGGGUCGUCGUCACAGCCCGACGAAGGGUCCCCAAGAACGAACAUAACUUAAGUUUCAGAUCGAAGAUGAAGACAUUCGUGCUCCUCGCCUUAUCGCUGGUGGUGGCGGUGGCCUACGCCCGCCCUGGUGCCCAGUACACCGAUAAAUGGGACCACAUCAACGUGGACGAGAUCCUGGAAUCCCAGAGACUCCUCCGAGGGUACGUCGACUGUCUCUUGGACAAAGGCCGUUGUACCCCUGAUGGAAAAGCCCUGAAGGAGACUCUCCCCGAUGCUCUUGAGCACGACUGCUCCAAAUGUACUGAAAAGCAAAAGGCUUCUUCCGACAAAGUCAUCAGGCAUCUAAUCAACAAGCAACCUGACUACUGGAAGGAACUUUCUGCCAAAUACGACCCCAACAACAUCUACCAGGACAAAUACAAGGACAAAAUUGAAGAAGUCAAGAGCAAGAACUAAAUAAGUAGGUAGUCGCUUUGCAUAAAAUGCAGUUUACAAAAUUGUGAUAACGGUGAUAAGGACGGUGUUAAAGACUGUAAAUUGGUUAUUUAUUAAAUAAAAUUAUAAUUUGGA